CAAAGUAGCAAAACAAAACAAAACAAAUACUAUGAAGUCAUAAAGCAGAAAAUGAAAGUGUUGCAAAAGUAUGCACAGGGGGGAAAAACCUUAAAAACCAACAAAUGAUGAAAGAAAACUUCUCCUACAGAAUAAUUAAAUGUCAAGAUUUUGAAGAAAUGGAACUCUACAAAUAACUUCAAAGCAACCAGCACAGCACUCAGAAUUUAUACACAGGAAAGAAGGAACAUUAGAGCUUGUCCUUAUCAUGAAUGCUUUUGGCUUGAUACAAACUGUCCUCAUACUGUCAAGCACCACCCUCAUCUCCAGUCUUCAGUGCAACCACCUCCCUCUGCAGCAAAGAAAAUUGAUCGAGAACAGCCUGAGACUCUUGGAUAAAAUGGGAAAAGAGUUUCCCCAGCAAUGUCUAAGGGAGAAAAUGUCCUUCCGAUUUCCUACCCAGGUUCUGCAGCCCAGGCAGAAGGAGACUGUGGGAGUUGCCAUUGAAGAGAUCUUCCAACAUAUCUUCUACAUCUUCAGCAAAAAUCUGACUCUAGCUGCUUGGGAUCAAACAGUACUGGAUCAGUUCCAAAAUGCACUUUAUCUGCAAACAGAGCAAUUGGAGGCUUGUGUAAUCAAAAAGAACACCCAACACUGUCGGAGUAAAGAAGUCAGCAGGCUGAAAUUGAAAAAGUACUUCCAAAAAAUAGACUGUUUUCUUAAAGAUAAACAACACAACCUGUGCUCUUGGGAGAUCAGCCGCGCAGAAAUGAGGAGAUGUCUCCAACUGAUUGAUAAGGUGACAAGGAAGCUUAAGAACUAAGGGUGUCCAUACUCUCCUCUCUACCACUCACGGAUGAAAGGUAAAGAAGAGAUGCAGACAUGGAUCUCAUGGAUAAAGCUGAAAUACCAGAAAUAAAAACAGCUAGCAACUUCACCGUGAUCCAGAACAACAAAAAAGACCAAAAAUCCAGAGCAAAUUAUCAGAGUAAUUUUUCCACCUGGUGACACCCUGCCACAAAUGUUACAACACAAUUUAUAUUUCUUUGCUUCAUAACUAACAGCACUUGAAAUGGACCCACCCUGGGACUGUUUCAAAUCUCAUUUCUGUUGCUUGUUUGUUCUUUGUACUUCUUCAAACCUGUACAAUAAAAUUACAUUCAGCUUGCUGACACUUCUGGUUCUGAUGUCCUUAGGUGGCUAUUGCAAUGUAGAAAACUGUUAUUGAAAUGGAAAUUUCAAUUAACUGAUAUUUACUUUUGGAAAUAGCACGAAAUGUUUUUCAGCUGCUCUCUUGUCAGGGAUUCCAGUUUUUAUUGCCUAACUUGUCUGCAACGGGAAUAUGUUCAUUUAUGGCCCACAAAUUGUUCAGAAACUUUUGUAUCAUUAAGUUUUCUGUUUCAUUCAUAGCUGUCCUUAAAGAUCUCCUCAUCAAAUAAAAAUCUGUUUUGAGGUAUUUCAAUCAACACAGUACUUUGCAGUGAGGGCAAAAAUCAGAAUGGACGCUAGAGGGCAAAGUGAAAUUAGAGACAAAUGUAAGAAUUUUGGGUGAAUGUACGUGUAUUUUGGCAAGACAGUGUUUCAGGUCUUUAUAAACAUGCCUAUCAAUAAAGUGCUACUGGUCCACAGAAAGGAACCGAAAGAAAAAUUAACUAUUCUUGAAAAAAAACCAAGAUCUCAGAGGUGAUGGACAGGAGCUCAUAAAGAAACACUCGAUUUCAAUUACUUUUUGGCCAGCUGUGAGGCAACAGAAAUUAUUUGUUUUGAGACACUGUUUAGAAGACGUUUAAAUAUGGGGACCCUGGAAUAGUCAUAGUCA